GUGUGGAUGUGUGAAGAGUAAGAAAAAAACGUACGAAACAAAGUGAUAAUACCAAAAGGAGAGAAGAACAAUGAGUGAGGAGAAGAGGAAGCAACACUUCGUGCUAGUACAUGGUGCGUGCCACGGCGCAUGGUGCUGGUACAAGGUCAAGGUACUGCUCGAGGCAUCGGGCCAUCGUGUGACUGCCUUAGACCUAGCUGGCUGUGGUAUAGACACGACCAGGUCGAUCACUGACAUCUCCACAUGCGAAGAGUAUUCUGAGCCGUUGAUUCAGCUUAUGACUUCAUUGCCAAAUGAUGAGAAGGUUGUGCUCGUUGGUCAUAGCUUUGGAGGUUUGAGUUUAGCCAUAGCCAUGGAUAAGUUUCCUGAAAAAAUCUCUGUCUCUGUCUUUGUGACUGCUUUCAUGCCCGACACCAAACACUCACCAUCGUUUGUCUUAGAAAAGUUUGCAAGUUACAUGACACCAGAAGGAUGGAUGGGCACAGAGUUCAAGCCGUACGGUUCAGACAAUAUUGGCAUGUCAGCGUUGUUCAGUACUGAGAUCAUGAAGAACCGUAUCUACCAACUUUCUCCUAUUGAAGAUCUUGAGCUUGGAUUGCUUUUAAAGAGGCCGGCAUCACUAUUUACCAACGAAUUAUCGAGGAGGACGAAUUUUUCGGACAAAGGGUAUGGUUCUGUUCCUCGAGUUUACAUUGUAUGCAAAGAGGACAAAAUCAUCUUAGAAGAACUACAAAAAUGGAUGAUCGAUAACUAUCCGGGCAGUUUAGUGAUUGAGAUGGAAGAGACAGAUCAUAUGCCAAUGUUUUGCAAUCCUAAACUACUAAGUGACCAUCUAUCGGAAAUCGCCGACAAAUUCUAUUAAAUAAUACAAUGAUGUUGAAAAUGUAUUUGGAGUUGAUACAACUAAAUGUGUGUUCUAAAAUGGAUAUUUCUAUCGGUUUAUGUUUUAUUGCUUACUAUGGUUGAAAUGAGAAAUUUAACAGUCAAUGUAAUGUUGGUUUAGCA